CUGGAAGGCAGAGCGGAAGAACUGGGGCGGCUGGAUUUCUACGACAAGACGGGGCGCAACUGGCGCAAGCAGCUUGGUUCGCUCGGCUCGGGCAACCACUUCAUCGAGAUUGUGCUCGACGAAGAGGAUGGCGUCUGGGCGUUCCUGCACUCCGGUUCUCGCGGCGUCGGCAACCGCCUGGCAACGCAUCACAUCAGGGUAGCGAAGGGGAUUAUGGAGCGCGAUGGCGUCGAGCUGCCGGAUGCCGACCUCGCCUACCUGCAGGAAGGCACGCCUGAAUUCGACGACUACAUAACGGACCUGGAGUGGGCGCAGGAGUUCGCGCUGCUGAACCGUGAGGAGAUGAUGGAGCGCGUCAUCAAGCUGCUGCAGUAUCGCUGCGGCGACUUCGAGGUUGUCGAGCGUAUCCAGUGCCACCACAACUUCACGCAGCGCGAGAAUCACUUCGGCGAGGACAUACUGGUCUACGUGGUGCGCGGGAAGGGCAACGCGCAGGCGUUCAACACCGCGCCGCACGGAGCGGGUCGCCGCAUGAGCCGCCGCAAGGCGCGUGACUCCUUCACGAUGGACGACUUCGACCGCCUGAUGACGGGCAUCGAGGUCAACCGCUCCGAGGCGUUCCUCGACGAGCUACCGGGCGCGUACAAGGACAUCGACCUCGUGAUGGAGCAGUCGAAGGACCUCGUCGAAGUCAUCCACACCUUCCGCCAGAUUGUGAACGUGAAGGGGGCGUAA